AUGUUGAGAAGUACCAUCAGCCCGUUGUUGAAGAUGGGUCUUAGUUUGAUCGGUAUAUGGCCUGGUGCCUCAUACGGGAUGCUUUGUUGGCUCUUUUAUAUGACAACUCUCGUUGUGAUGCAGUACUUUCAGUAUUCCUAUGUCUACGAGCAUUUCGAUUUCAACAAUCUGACCAAGCUGAUGGACGGAUUGGGUCUCACUUUGGAUUACACUCUGACAAUAUUGAAAUUAAUCAGCUUCUGGUUUAAUCGUCGGAUAUUUGCGGAUAUUUUGAUCGCGAUGGAUGACGAUUGGAAGGAUAGUGGGACUAAUUUGCGUGAAUGCGUGAUGAUGAACAAGGCUAAUUUGGCGCACCGUUGUUCCAAUGCCAUGAUAUCCGUUAACGCUCUUGCCACUUUUCUAUAUUUUAUCGAGAGCUACGUACAUGAAUAUACACGUUCUAAAAACGGACAGUUUCGCAAGUUUCCGAUACAGGUACAAUUUCCGUUCGAUGUUUAUAAAACGCCCGUUUACGAGCUCGUUGGUGUGGGAUUGUUUUUCCAUGUGUUAAAAACGGCGAUUAUAAUAGCAAUAUUAAAUGCUUUGAUUUUAACGUUGUUUUUAUUCGAGGUACUUCACGUAAGCGGACAAAUCGAUAUCAUGUGUCAAGAGUUAAAAGCGAUUCCUUCCAUAACCAAAUCUAGCUCCACUAAAUCGCUCGUCGUAAGACACCAGAAGAUCAUAUCGUUGUCGAAAAAUAUUGAAAGCUUUUUUUCAUUUGUUGCUUUAUUGCAGUUCGUAUGGAAUACUUUUGUUAUUUGCGCCAUAGGAUUCAUGGUCGUGAUAUCUUUAGAUAUGAACAUGACGAGUAAAUUCGAGAUAUUGGUACAAUUUAUUAUACCAUAUUUUGCAGUGACAAUAGAAGCUUUUGUUUUUUGUUUCGCCGGCGAGUAUUUGAGCACUAAGAGCAAGGCUAUUGGCGAUGCAGCGUAUGAGACUGUUUGGUACAAAUUAUCUACUAGCGAAUGUCGAAUUUUAUUAUUUGUGAUUCUCCGAUCUCAAAAACGAUUGACAAUCACUGCUGGAAAAGUCAUGGACCUGACAUUGGAAGGUUUUACUAACGUUAUGAAAGCUUCAGUUUCAUAUAUUUCAGUUUUAUAUGCGAUGUAUUGA